CCCUUCCCUCCGUGUACGUGUCGUCCGCAGAUUUCACACAAAAUUGUUAGGUUCACACAAUCUCGUGAAUCAUUUUCCUUGGGUUUUUCGGAAAAAAGCAAGAAAGUGACAGUUGUUUACCUGUAUGUUGUGUUUAUACGUACUGCAGUUGCUUAUGACAAAAUGUGUCUGCCAUUUCAAGAUAACAAGGGUGGAAAUAACAACAAGUGUGUCCUUCAAGAAACUCCUUGAAAAUCAAACGUAAAGAUAAAACAUCUAAAGAUAGUUUUAAAUUUGCGGAAGUUUGAAUACCUGUCUACCACUAAAAUUAAGCUUUAAGUAAUGGCUACUGCCACCAUGAGUUAUCAAACAUCUGGUGUGGCUCCUGUUGGAUUAACACCUCAAGAACAAAAAGAUAUGGAGAGAUUUGGUAAAUUUUUAAGCCAAAAAAUGGUGCAAGUCAUUGUACAAUCAAGACUUGGGGAAAAAGUUUGCACCCCUUGCAAAGCUCAUCCAUCUCCAUCAGAUUGGUUCAAUCUAGGGAUCGAAGAUAUCCCGGAAGUUGGCAUAGAAACCAGGAAAGCACUAAAAGGGCAGCUUCUCACCAUUGGAAGCCCACCUCUGUGUGUAGAAAUAUCCCUGAAAACUGUUGAAGGUGACUCCUUGAUCCUGGAAAAUUGGUGCCUCUCAGUUAAUGAGACUUCAGAACCAUUUAAUCGUGUUUCUUAUGCUGUUUACAGCAGAAUGUCUUUGUUGCUGAAGUCAAUUAUAUCUGUCAGUAGGAUUACUCCGGCGUAUAAACUCUCGGGUCGUCAAGGGGCUGACAGUUUCGUUUUAUGCUAUCGUGUGUUUUGUGGCGAACCCCAUGGAUUGGGAGCGUCAACCAAAAACUGUACCAUCGGUCAAGUUGACACACCCAUCGGUUUAUACAGCGUCGUGUUGAGCUAUCGCACGCAACUAGCCCUAUCACCGAAGGACGGAGCAAUGUUGGUGAAAAGUGACCAUUUCGAUCAGCAUUUCAUUAGUGAUCAAUACAGUCCACGGCUCUGCCGAGCAGCCCACCACAAAGGAGACAGAGGAGGAGAAAGUAGUAGCGGAAGCGAGCCCGUAGCAUCAGACGAGAGUCAAGAUGCAUGUAGGUUGUUUGUGAAUUCUCCACCAGGCAACAAAGUAGCAGAGUAUCAAAAUUUACUGCAGCAAAACCGAUACUCCUUUGAUGACGGACCCAAGUUUGGUGCAUUUGCUGAUCCAUCUUCCGCUCGGCGUAACCUAUCUGCUGAGUUCGUGUUACCGGAAUUGCCAUUACCCACGUUUAUGAAAAUCAAGAGCUUAAAAGAUGUAAAAAAAGAAAACGAGCAGCGUCCUCUAGUCACUGGUGGUUCGGCUCUGGUUCCUCCAAAAGAUAUCGAUGUAACCGAAAACGCUAAUCAGACGAAUAUCUCUACAGGGCCCGUCAGCACUAGUGACGAAUUCGUUAUGGUUGAGUCGCUGAAAACACCAUUUGCCGAAGGAGACUCAUCCCACGAUGUCGGUGCCUUCUUCCGUGAAUGUCAAUCAGCUCCCGUCUCCCUGCAAUCUUUUAAUCGCUCAAGUGGCAUCGCAACCCAUGAAAUCGGUUCUCAACUUGAACAAUUCGAAAAAGACCUCGAAGGCUAUGACGACCUCGUACAGUCGUUGUGCAUAGAUUCUGAUGAGAGUGGAAAAUAGUGAACUCCAUCUGUAUAAAAUGUGUACAUUGAUAUGGCUAACCAAUAUAUUGCUGGGAAAACGA